UCCCUAAUCGAUUAAUGGCGUCUUAAUUAAUCAAUUCCUGGAGCGUUUCCCUAAUCAAUUACUCCCGGCUUAAUUAACCAGUCCUGGGGGGGGUGCCAUGGAGCCGCCUCCCUCCUGUUUCCAGUCCAGCCUGGAUUUCUGCCCUGAAUGCGGCUCUGUCCUGCCCCCCCCGGGCCCCUCCAGCACCGUCCCCUGCCCCCGCUGCACCUUCGCCCUCCGCACCGUGGAUUUGGAGGGCAAAGCCGUGUGCAGCAGCAUCCAGUUCAACCGGCUGGAGGCAGGGAGGGGGCACGAUCCAGCGCCCCACAUCGAGGGGCCCCUGGUGGAGCGGCGCUGCCCCCGCUGCGGGCAGGAGGGGAUGGCCUAUCACACCCGCCAGAUGCGCUCGGCCGACGAGGGCCAGACCGUCUUCUACACCUGCCCCCGCUGCCGGUUUCAGGAGAAGGAGGAUUCAUGAUGGGGUAUUUGCCCCACUUGUGGGGUAUUUGCCCCCCCAUAUGGGUAAUAAAAGCCCCCAGGUUUUUAUUCAAGGCUGCGCUUGGGGGUGUCUCAGUUGUCCCCCCUCCCCAAACUGCCCCCUCAGCCCCUAUUUACCCCCCAAAAACUGCUCCUGAGCCCCUCACUGCCCCCCCAGCCUAUAUCUGCCCCCCAAACUACGCUCUCAGCCCCUAUUUCCCCCCCUCAAUGGCCCCUUCAGGC